AUGACAGAACAAAAUCAGACAAGUCUACAGAUUACAGAAUUUUUUAUUGUCUGUUUUCCUGACCUUCAGGACUGGCAAUCUCAGGCAAUCCUGUUUGCUAUAUUUUCUGUUGCAUAUAUUAUUGCACUUCUUGGAAACUUGCUUUUUAUUAUGACAGUUUUGUCUGAUUACAUGCUGCAUACACCAAUGUACAUCUUAAUCUGUAACUUGGCUGUCUUAGAUAUCUGUAUCCCGUCUGUUACUGUACCAUCCAUGUUAUCACAUUUUGUGCUCAGUAAUCGACUUGUUGCAUUUAGUGCUUGCUUCAUACAAAUGAUUCUCUAUCUGGGUUUGGGCACAACAGAAUCAUUUACCCUUAUGAUUAUGGCAUAUGACAGAUAUUACGCAAUCUGUAAACCUCUUCACUAUCCUUCUGUUAUGACCAACAGAAAAGCUAUACAACUGUCUGUUGUUUGUUGGAUUGUAGGAAUGAUGGCUCCAAUUAUUCCAUUUUAUUUUUCUCUUAAGUUACCCUUUUGUGGGCCAUAUAAAGUGCACCAUUGUUUUUGUGACUAUGCUGCAGUUGUCAAAUUGGCUUGUGCUGAUGUCAGUUUCCUUGUAGAUUUCGGUUUGAUAAUUGCAUUGUUAGUGCUUCUUAUUCCAUUGUUCUUUAUUAUACUUUCGUAUACAAAAAUCAUAAUGACUCUGCUUAAAAUGAGUACAUCUGAAGGUCACUGGAAAGCAUUUUCUACCUGUGCAAGCCACCUAUUUGUUAUAUCCAUAUUCAUAUUGGUUGCUGUAUUUGUCUUUGUUUCUUACAAAACAUUUGAUUUUUCAGAAGAUGUUCGAAUUUUGGGUGCUGUUCUACAGAACAUAUUUCCACCAAUGGUCAAUCCUAUAAUUUACUGUUUGAGAACAAAGGAAAUCAGAGACAGUUUUUUCAGAACAAUUAAAAAUACUACAUUAUUCCCAAAAGUGUAA